GCCUAGGGCAGCGCAGGGGAACACCGAGUGGUCAAGAGGAACCCACAAAUCGCAGGAUGGAAAGUGGCCCACAAUGGCUUUAUUCCUUGCUCCUCCUGGGACUGUUUGCAGGUCACUUUUGUGGUGCACUGAAUUCAUCUUCACCUACAGAGCCAUUCAAUGUCUCAGAGCAAGAUAAAGGAACCACAGCAAAAAACAAUAUAAAGCUCGUGACCAAGAGCCCCCGUCCAGUUUCGAAAGAUGAAACAGCGAGACAAAUCCAUCGUUCUAUAGUGGUGAAGGAUGUACCGUCAUCUCUCUUAACCUUGGAAGGGCAUCCUGCCACCCUGGAGUGUAAAUUCACAGCUCCAAGUAUUGUUAAUAUCAUCUGGAAAAAAUCCUGUUCUCCCAACUGCAGUGAGACUUUUCAUUCCUCCAGCAGCAAUAAGCAUCGAUCAGUUCUUGUGGUUAAUGGCAAUGGCGUUUCAAACCUCUCCUUCCUAAAGGCCCAGACCAGGGAUUCUGGCAUGUACUACUGCAUCGUGAGUACUGCGAAUGACUCCAGCCAGUCGUGUGGGACAUACCUCUGGGUUCGGAGACCUCGCCCCACCUCCUUCCUGAAUAUAAGGGAAUCCAUCAAAAACAAGAUCAUCACUGCUGAGGGCUUCCUCCUCCUCAUCUGUGCCAUUGGGCCAGGUCUCUUUCUGCUGUUGAGGAAGAGAUGGGAAAAUGAGAGCCUGCUGCAGGCCAAGAAGAAGCAGUAUGAGGAGGAGAACCUGUAUGAGGGACUGAAUCUGGAUGAGUGCUCCAUGUACGAGGAUAUCUCACGGGGACUGCAAGCCACCUAUCAAGACAUAGGCAACGUUAAAGUGAUUGACCUGCAGUUGGAAAAACCAGAGAAACCAUGAUAUGUUUGCCUUGUGUUUUGUUUCCAGACGCCUACUAUAAAGAUUUCCAAAUCUUCUAACAGUAUCCUACAGACAAAGCUGAGGAAAAAUAUGUAUUCUUUUCUCGUGGAUGCUGCUGACAGUUUGUAUAACCAUUUCAGACUUCUAACAAGGAAGCUGAGGAAAACAUGACUGACAAUGCAGAAUCUGGUAAUAAUAGGAAAAAAUAGUACAGGAACGUCUCUAUUUUCAUUUUUCCAGCAAAGUAUUCCAGUAAAGUAAGAACUUUGUUUGAAAUAUCUCUAUUCUGGUUUCCAUUUUGAUUUUUACUGUACUGCUUCCCGAUUUUGAGGAAAUGGACUCCAAGCCAUAAGUAAUGGUAACUUUGUUUCAAUGAUAUCCCCAGAGGAUGCAUCUGCCAGGUUUACGAGAUUCAUUUAGACCUGUCCUUGCUUUUAUUUUCCUUUCUCAACAGAGUACAACUAGACAUAUUUGCAGAACAAAGGAAGAUUUUAAAGUCUCCUUACUACAUUUACCAUCUUUCUCUCUCUGGGGUCAUAUUAAAAAGUAGCCCUAUAAAUUGGCAGCAAAACCUAGUAAUUGCUAACAGCUAUUGGGUAGUAUCCACAGUAUUACCCAGCCACUUAGCUGAAUUCCCAGUCAGAUUUUGCAACUUUAAAAAAAUUCAGUCAUUUAAAGCAGACUGAACAUUUAAUGGAUAAAGCAGCACUUUAACUUUAAAAGGUAGGCAUUUCAUCUGAAACAUGCAGUGGGGGAAAAACAGACAGUAUAUAAUUGGAUAAACUGUCUGGCUAAUAUACCAGGAAACCAAGCAUGCGCUCACUUCAACUUCUGUCUUCACCUUUGAGGUAUAUCCCAUACCCAUACUGUCCCACUCAUCAAUGGGAAAAAGACAGGGUUCAUUAUAGGCCUUCCCCUGUAUUCUUCAGAGGUUAAAGCAGGAACAGGACAAACUGAUGAUGCUUGAGGCAGAUGGACCUGACUUGUAGAUAAGGAUGUAUACGUUUACAUGGACCAAUGAGUUUUUGUUUCCAUAAAGCACACAAAGAAAGACAUUUCCAAGAGCUUGAUCAUUUCCCAAAGCAUUUUUCUGGUUGCCUUGUCUCCGGACUGUGACAUGCAAAGCUCUGGUUGUGUACUGUGAUAGAUGGAGGAGUGUCACAAACUAUAAGCAAUACACCCUGUUGCAGUCUCUUCAACUCAGUUCUUAAUCAGAAUCUUAUGUUACGAGUCAGCUUGCAAUUCCAUGUUGCUGUAAUUAUAACCUAGGGGUUUUCAUGUGCUUUGAGAUGUCAA